UAAGAUAAAAGCGCCAGCAGCAGCAGGACUCGGCCCGCCCUCAUCUGGAUCACCAAAACAUCAGCGGACCGGAGAACCGCCCGCUUCUACCGGACUCAUUCUGCCCGGGCUCUGUGAGGCUCUGCCCGGCUCUGUGAGGCUCUGCCCCGGGCUGUGUCUGCAGCUGCGGCUGGGAGCAGGAGGAGCAGCAGGCGGAGGAGCAAGUAUUUGUGUAGAUGAAACUCCGACCAGCCUUCUGGAGGCACGUGUCAUCACUAUUUAUCCUGCGCCACAGCCCAGUGCAUCAUGGGAUCUGAAGUUCUCUCCAUUCUCCUCCUCUCCCUGGUCAUAGCAUCAGCGUGUGCUGAAAUGAGCGGGACCAGCCAAGGUGGCGCUGUGCUGUGCCCUCUGCAGUGUGUAUGUGAGACACGACCGUGGUACACCCCACAGUCUGUGCAUCACCAGGCCAGGACAGUCGACUGCAAUGAACUCCAUCUGCAGAGAGUACCAGCCAACAUCUCUGCUGAUACGCAGGUGCUGCUGCUGCAGAGUAACAACAUCUCCUCUAUAACUACUGAACUGCAGAGUCUGACCAACCUGACAGAGCUCGACCUGUCUCAGAACCACUUCACACAGGUGGGCUCCAUGGGCCUGUCCUCUCUUGGCCGCCUGGUGACUCUGUACCUGGAGGAGAACCACAUUGAGGAGCUGGAGGACUUCUGUCUGAGGAACCUCUCCAGUCUGGAAGAGCUCUACAUCAACCAUAACCACAUCUCUUCCAUCGGACCCAAAGCCUUUGCCGGCCUCACCAACUUGCUGCGGCUCCACCUGAACUCCAACCAUCUGGUGGCUAUCGACAGUCGCUGGUUCGAGUCUCUGCCAUCCCUGGAGAUUCUGAUGAUUGGGGAAAACCCUAUCCUGGGUCUUGAGGAGAAGAACUUCUUGCCUCUGUCUCGCCUCCACAGCCUGGUCCUGGCAGGAAUGGGACUGGCCUCUGUUCCCUCUGCUGCUUUCUUGGGCCUGGACUACCUGGAGAGCCUCUCUUUCUACGACAACCGGCUCAGGUCUGUUCCUCGCGAUGCUCUGAGCGUGCUCCCAAACCUGAAGUUCCUAGACCUGAACAGGAACCCGAUUGGCCGAGUCCAGCAGGGAGAUUUCCAGAACCUUGAGCACCUGGAGGAACUCAGUCUGAACAACAUGGAGGACCUGCUGAUGGUGGAGCGAGCAGCUUUUCAAAACCUUCCAGAACUUGCCAAAUUGGAGCUCUGCAACAACCCACGCCUCUCUUACAUGGACCCACAGGCCUUCAGUAACCUGCCCUCCCUCCGGACUCUCCUCCUCCAUAAUAACCAGCUCAGCCUCCUCUCUGGAGACCUCCUCUCCUCCCUCCAUUCUCUUGAGGAGGUUUCUCUUCAUUCGAACCCUCUUCGGUGCGACUGCCUCUCCUCCUGGGGGCCUCACCUUGGCAACCAAUCACACCUCAAGCUGCUGGAUUCCUCCAUCACCAUCUGCUCCUCCCCGCCUCACCUGAUCGGUCAGGAGCUGCGGGAGGUGGUGGCGGUUGGAUGGGGCGGAGGAGGUACCAACAGCUGCCUGCCUCACAUAACUCCUCACGCCUUCCCCCCGACCAUAAAUGUCAGCGCAGGGCAGCCAAUUACGCUGGAGUGCUGGGCAGACGCUGACCCCGCCCCUCAGUUCUAUUGGGUGACGCCAAAUGGUGACAAGGUGAGCUCAGAGGCGGUGGCUUCACCAAUCAUAUCAGAAGAGGGGCGUGGCCUGAGCAGGAGGAAGAAGAAGCAUCGGAUGUCAGAUCCUGGUGCGCUGGUGAUCGAACACGCAGAGCCAUCAGACGCAGGUGUGUACACCUGUGUGGCUUGGAACAUCGAAGGAGCAGACACCAAGAGUGUCUCGGUGUUUGUAGACUCUCAGGGAUAUGCCGGCUCUUGGUCUGGUGGGGGGAAUGACCCCAGCAGAGACAGGACCUGGUUAGGGAACUCAUCCAGUGGUGCAGGGUCUCUGGUGGUGCUCGCUAAGGUGGUUCACGCCCAGUCUGUGGUGUUGGAGUGGAAGUUAUAUCCCAGCGGAGGAGCUUCAGCUGUGGGUUCAAACCAUCAUGACAUCCCCGUCCCUCUUCCCCGGUGGACCAGUGCAACCGUGCACAUUGACAACCCUCAGAUCAGCUACACGGCCAAGGUUCCAGUUGACGUGCAGGAGUACAACCUGACUCAUCUCCUUCCUGCCACUGAGUACCACGUCUGCCUCACUGUCUCCUCCUCUCCUCCUCACCCCACCUCUCCUUCUUCCUCUCCUAGAACCUCCCCUACCCCUGUGUCUCCUUCCUCCUCCUCCUCCCUCCCCUCUGGUCCCGUCCACACCUCCUGUCUGAACAUCACCACUAAAGAGGCGGGUUUCUCAGUGGAGCUGGUGGCGUCGCGGCGCAGCAGCGUGGCACUGGCGGCCGUCAUGGGCUCCAUGUUCGCUUUGUCAAUCAUGGCGCUGCUGGUGGUGUACAUGGGCCGGCGCGUGCAGCAGCACAAGUCCUGCGGCCACUCACUGAAGAAGUACAUGCAGCACGCCACAUCCAUCCCUCUGAAUGAGCUUUACCCGCCGCUCAUCACGCUGUGGGAGAGCGAGACCGAGAAGGACAAAGACGACAAGGAGGAGGAGGAAGACAGGGAGGGGGGAGCGAGGGGUGAGGAGGCAGGGGGGAGUCAGAUCGACACCACAAAGACGUACAUGUGGUAGCUGAAGGAGGGUGGAGGGGGAGGUUUGACAGACACUCGGGGGGCAAGAGGACCACAGAAGUGAAGCUGUAUGGAUGAAAAGGGUCAUGUGACUCAGCGAGGAGCCUGACAGUCAAAGAGAUGACGGCGAGGUCAGGUGUGUGAACUGAUUAAAGCAGCAGGACACCCAUCUCAGCUUUCUUAAGGGACUUUUUUUCAUGCUUCAGUCCAUCUAUUCCAAACCAGCUCACUCCCGCUAAUCACCUCCCAUCAUCAGCCGUCAAUCUGAUCGAUUUCCUUUCUUCCAGGUCACCACUUGCAUUGCAGGUAGACUCAGCUGUAUAGGUGCCUUUAAAGUCAGUUCAUGUAUGCAGUUUAAAUUGAGUUUUUCUCUAAUCAUCAAAAUCGACAAAACCUAAGUUAUGAAAAACUGCAGUUCCUCUAGUGGCCACUUGAGGCCGGCUCCACCGGUGAGUCCGUCCCCAUAGACACCCAUGUUAAAAUGUCUACUUUUAGAGCAGAAAUAAACAUGUUUACUGCCUGCCACAAAAAACAGUUUUGACCUGUAUGGAUAGUUUCCCCCUUCAAUAGAACCAUACAGAGGUUCUUUUUUAAAAACUCCUUCAUCUGGAUGAUUUUAAGGCCUUAAAAUUAGGGUCAUGGCUGCUUUGACAAGUGUCCUAAUACAGAAGCUGGAACCACUUGGUGUCUAUUAAUCUAAACACUUUCAAAACCAAAGGAAAAAAAUGUGGAGUCCAAUUUUAAUCACAAAUUUAUUUUAUGUGGGAUAAAAAAAUUUCCGUCUGCAUUUUUUUUCUCUCAAAUCUGCUUUUUAAAUAAUGAUAAAAGUUAUCCAGUGACCUUGACAUGUGUAAUGAUCACUAGAACCACUCAAGAACCCAGCAACAGUUAACUGCAGUGGUUCAGCCCAGAGGUAAUUAAAUAAAGAGUUAACUUUUCGAUUAAAGGAACGAUCUGAAUACCAGAACUAAAAUAAUAUGAAAUACUAUCGAGUGCACUUCAGGCAGGCUGAAUGAUUAAAGUUUUAUAUUUUAUUGAGUUUGAAGAAUCUUAGUAUUACGCUGUUUUUAAUAUCAGCCAGAACUCGGAGAGAGCGGGGAGAAAAAACUCCUUUAAACAGGAUCUGACAGGAUUAGGGACGCACACUUCGACUGGCUGUGCGUGCUGGGAUCUGUGCGAGGAUAAAAGUGGACGUCUGGUUUGUGUUUCGUGGGCUGAAGCAUGAAAAGACGAUGAAAGUUUCAGUUUUGGGGGGGUUUUCUUUUCUCAAAGCAUCCUUCUUCUUCUGUCAAACCGGAGCAGCUGAACAGUCUGUGGGACAGAUUUAACACAGACACAUUAACAGGAAGUCGCUGGAUUUGUUUCUCCUCAGAUCAGCUUCUCAAAAGGUGGGUCGGGGUCCUGUUGUUGGGCCGGCAGCUGGUUUAAACUGGGCAUUCUUCUGAGGAGAGCCCAGUGAGUCCGGAUAGUUUCACCUCUGCCCCCUCCCUUCUUUCUCUCCCUGUCUCGUCUCUGUCAAGCACACUGACAGUAGCUCUACUGUUAAAAAACGGAUUAUUGUAAUUUAGUUCAUCUGAUGAACACAAAUGCAGCACUAACACUCAGCACAGUGUGCAAGAUCUCACUUUAAAUAUCUUCAGAGACGGUUAAAGGUCCCGUAUUCAGGUUCACACAUCAGCCUGACGAAAACGAGCUCGCAGGCGUUUUAGAGUCUGGUGCUGAACUUCACACAAACCUCUUUAACAGCAAUGAAACAGAUUUAGGGUUUUGUUCAAAUUAUCUCAUUUGUAGCUUUCCGAGUGUGACAGCGACGCUCAGAAGUUCAUCAGGGAGAAGAAAACGCUUUUAGGGACGCACUGAUAUAUCCGUCUGUUAUCGGCUCAGUUGACUGAUGCUGGCAGAUGAGAUUUCUCAAAGACUUAAAAAAAGAUUUAACACAACAACAGACUAAAAACCUGUUGAGUCAGCUUAUUUUAAACAUUUCCCCAGAACUUCCCAACAGCAGCGUCCAUGAAAGCUGUCAGAGCGUCAGUCACUGAACUCAGACACCUCACACCCUGAGCCAAGUUUCAUGUUCUGUUUUGGUUUCAUGCUAAAAAAGGUACAGGACAUAACUCUGACUGUUGAUGCUGGCUGCGUCUGCUGGUGUUGUGACCUCAGCGGGUGGCGAUCUAUCAGUGUUUGAAUUAACAGCGGGUAAUUAAUGAACAGAUUCUCUCGAAUUCACUCCAAAAACACCUGAAAAGUCAUAAAUUUUUAAAAACUUAUUGAAUAAACUAAAUGAAUAAAACCAAAAACAGGACUGCAGGUCACAGGCAGAGAUAAAGAUGAUAGGAAAACAACAUUUGGAAGGUAAAUGCGCCAGCAAACCGAGUGCGAGGAAUUGUAACAGCAAAGAUGGUGGAAGAAGUUUAAGUUAUCUACUUUUCUAAAACCUUGUUUCCGUGUAAAGUCAGCAAACCUUUAAGUGUUAUUCAUCAGAUUUUACUGCUGAUUCUUUACAUGCAGCUUUUAUGCCAUGGUGACCGUUAAAGAUUGCGUUUCUUUAGAUAAUACUUCAGGAAAACUGCCCCAAAAGAUGCCCGAGGUGUUUCUGGGUGGAUGCUGAGUGGCAACAUACUGUGUCUCAAACAGCUUCUUACAUACUUCUAGUGCGAUCUUGUCUGAUAUUGUUUAUAUAAAUAUAAACAAUAUUUAUGUUUUCCAGCUGUACUUUUAGAACUUGAUGUCCAUCCUCUUUCAGGUCAGCUUCAAACCAAACACAAGACUCCACUUCCUGUCUGAAUACAGGACCUUUAAUCCUCCUGAAACCCGUCGCCGGACACACUUGUCUUCAUCAGCAGCAUGAAUGCGUAACCUUUAUAUAUUUGACUGCAUCGGGAGCAGCGCUCUGCGCACGAACACUAACGGUGACCGUGUUCUGCUGCUGUUUGUUCGCUAAUGCAGAGCUGUAAUCUCUUUUCUAUCAUGUGAUGUCCCCUGGGUUUGUGGGUGACGCCGCACCGGGAGGCGGGUACUGCUGCAUGCCUUUGCACUCGUGUUUAGGACUGUUUGUAUAAAACCAUGUCCGUGUGACAGCCUGCAAACUGCUGGAGAAGCGAGGAUCCAGCGUUACGCUCCGACUCUGACCACAAACACUCUGCUUUCACCAAAAGUGACUGAAAUGCAGAUUUUGUGCUUAAAUUCAAGAGCUUUCAGAACAAAUUUAGGUUCAUUGUUUAGGAAUUACAACCAUUUUUUACACCAUCCUCCAGAGGAUCAACAGUAAUUUGACAAAGUAGCAAUUUUUAAUAUAAGAAUUCUUUUUCAUAUUUGAAAAAUUAGGAAGUCUAGGAAUAAUGCUGUGUUUCCUUCCUUUGUUCUGUUCGUGAAACCUCUGAAUUAAAGCUGAAAGUUUGCUCUUCAGUCACGUCUCGAUUGUGUGAUUUUAAAUCGACUGUGGUGACGUCCAGAAACAGGAGAGGCAAAUCUUGGGAUUUUCUUCUCAUAACUACAGGAUAGAUUGGGGGUUUUUUUUUGGUUUUUUUUAAUCUCUGAUCUCAUAACUGUGAAGCAAUAAUGUAAAACUAUACAGAGGUACUUAUGAGAUCUUUUAAUUCUAACGUACAGAGCUUGAAAUUUAGUUUCAUUCAUCUAGUUUGAGUAGCCGGACAAAUAAAUCAGGGGGCAGAAAAUUGAUCAAUCGUUUUGAUCGGCCAGUUUUUAAAAAAAUUUUAUUUCAUUUUUUCCCAACCUCGACGUUUCUUGUUAGAGUCAAAGUAGGAUUAAUAUUUUUUUUUAAGCGGAAACGAGAAUUAUAGAAUUUCUUCAAACUGUCUCCAAGUUUGGUUUUCUUUGGUGAAUGCAGAGUUUGCCUUCACUCAGAUGUGAACACGAUGGCUGUUUGUGCCAUAAAAAAUGAAUUUCUUUCCUGAUUUAAUAAAUCCAUAAUCCCAAAUAAACUUUGUAAUAUCUGAUAACUGAUAGACCAAGACCAGACCUCAAAAUUCAAGAAAGUUGAGCUGCUGUGAUGGCCGUCAUGUCACAUGACCAGUGAAACACAGUUUGAUUGGUUUGAUUUCAGACAGAGCCGAUUCCCUGAUGUUUCCAAUCUUUAAGAUGACUUAUGAUGCUCAGAUUUUGGGGUUUGAUCUUCUCGAAUACAAAUGUGAUUUAAAUUUGUAAACUUUUAUUGAGAGGCAAAAAAUAAAUUCUCUCACUUUUACACCUGAAACAGCAGUGGGACAGGUUCACCUCGUGUGUUGAUCCUCCUACAGAUCCUCAGUUUGCAGGUUUUGUUGUUCAGACUUUCAGCCAAAUAUUCCCUCAGCUGUCUGUCAACCAAAACACUUCAGGAACAAACACCCAAAGGAUGCUCUGGGCAUUUCAAAGAGUAUGAACUGUAUAUACAAACAUCACAUGCUGUUUUAAAGGCGUCUCUCUGGUUCUGCACUGUGAUGAUGUUCUGCUUUAAACUGAAGCCAGACUGAGAUAAACUCUAAACUAAAAUCUAAGAUUUUAACCACAAACUCAACAUUUCUGCACAUUCCUGGUUUCAUAUUUGUCUCCAACAUACAAAGUGAUCGCUGAACAUUUUUCUCUUUGACUUUCAAGCAUUUUUUCUUGGAAACUGCAAAACCUCACUCAGUGAACCUCACUCUGAGUCUCUCAGACACAAAUGUAAUUUACUGCUGUUUUUUAACAAUCUUUAAAACAGACAAUUUAAUCACCAAAAUACCAACUGAAGCAAAAACAGCAGCCCAACACUGUGCACCACCGCCAAGGCUAAACAUGCCCUCCUUUAUCCGUGAUUUGAACCUCUGGACCCAGAAGGACAUCUGGCUCUUGCUCUGGGUUACUUUGUGAAAUUUUCUUGAGAGCAUCAAGCUGUUACCUCCCAAACUCUCCUUUGAUGGAUGAUGUGAAAUGUGCAGUUUUGUCCAUUGUCCCAGUGGUAAAGAACACCGAAAAUUCCUGGCUCCGGAUCUGGAUCAACUCCAAAAGUUAUCCAAAAGCUGAAUUGUCAGUAAAGUUUAAAUGCAGAUCCAUUGAUUGUUUUUUUUAAGCAAUCCAACAACAAACAAACAGACAAACCAGGCCAACUGUGUAACCUCCUUGAUGUUUGAAACAGCAGAAACAAGAAGCAGCUCAAAAUAACCUUCUGUUCAUAUUUACAAAACCAAAAUGUUUGUUUGUUUGUUUUGAUUUUUGCAUGCAGCUCAGGUCGCUCACCGCGAAGAAACAGGAGCAUCGCUUUGAGCUUGCUCCAUUUGACGUCCCUGUUAUGUUUUCCCAUCAGAAGUAGGAAUGUCAAAGAUGUGUGUUUUCUUCACGAGCUAAUCUCAGCUUCCUGACAAAUGUUUUUCUAUUUCUGUCAAACAACUCCUGGACUUUACUCUGUGAUGGAUUGGUCACCUGUCCAGGUGUACCCCACCUUCUGACCAGUGACAGCUGGGAUGGGCUCAACCCCCCUGUGACCCUGGAUUAGAUACAUGGUUAAGUAAAUGGAUGGAGUGAUGGAUUUGAUGGGUCUUUCUACUUUUUUGUCUAAGCCCAGUUUAAUGAAAAUGAAAUACACCUCGUGGCUGUUGCAGUUAUUUUUUUUAAUUCAGAUGGUUAGUUAUCUCCUAGUUUAACAUCUCCUUGUCUCUGAAUGCUUUCCUUUGUUAAACAUGCGCAUAAAAUAAAGCCCAAUAACUGUGGACAUGUGGCUCCUGCUGGCUUUUGAAAAUCAAAGAAUCCGAAUAUGUUUUGGUUUUGUAAACGUGAACAGAAAUCUGAACCUUCACACCUGAUAGAGUUGUUGGGGGCGCCCUCUGGUGUCCAUCACAGCAACCAACAAGCAGAACCAGCGACUCGUCACACAGCUUUUCUCAUUAACCUCCACACUUCCACUUCCACACUAUCCAGGGUAUUUUGUAUAAAGUGCAUCACUCUAUAUUUCAAGAAUUGCUUAUAUUAUUAUCGUUAUUGUUAUUAUUAUUAUUUACUCAACACUGAGCACCAACUGUAACUAAAGAUAUGUGUGUGAGAGUGUGUGGGGGAGGGGAAAUUAUAUAAAUACACUUUGUCACCUCACA